AUGACUGUUCUAUUUUGCUUCCUUCUGAUAUCUGUGCCCAUCAGCCAUGGAUUCACGUGGAUGGCACCUGUCAGAAAGUCUCUCCUCUUGACGCACAGAUCACAAGUUCCGUCUGCUUUUCUUCCUACUAAUCCAGCCACACACUCCAGAAGACGUGAUCUGUCUACACUUUGUCUAUGGACUACGAAAAGCAGACGACAAUACACACUUUGCUUGAGAGCUUCUGCUUCAGGUGGCAGUGUCGAAGAACAAGUGGAUCCGGACAAUGACGUUACUGCAUCGGCACUGCUCUUGUCGGACUUUGAGAACAACAACAACAAUGGUCAUAACAAUAUUGAACUACAAACGGAAAUCUCCCGAUCGUUCCUACAAUACUCCCUCAGCAUUAUUCUGGGCCGAGCACUUCCCGAUGCCCGCGAUGGAUUGAAACCCGUUCAUCGUCGCAUCCUCUUUGCCAUGUCGCAAUUGGGAUUGAACGCCAGUGGACCGCAUCGCAAAUGCGCUCGUGUUGUGGGAGAAGUACUGGGAAAAUGGCAUCCGCACGGCGAUCAGGCCGUUUACGAUGCACUGGUGCGCAUGGCACAACUGUUCUCGUCGUAUCAUCCACUCAUUGAUGGACAUGGCAAUUUUGGUAGUGUCGACAAUGAUCCCGCUGCUGCCAUGCGAUACACGGAAUGUCGGAUCUCUCCACUGGCACAAACGGCACUUUUGGAAAAUCUACAUCCAUCCAUUGUCCCAUUUUUGCCCAAUUUUGAUGGAACCGAUGCCGAACCCACCGUACUGCCAUCGCAAUUGCCAUUGCUCUUAUUGAAUGGAUCUUCGGGAAUUGCCGUCGGCAUGGCCACCAAUAUCCCACCCCACAAUCUCAAUGAAGUCAUGGCGGCAUGUCAUGAAUUACUGGAAGCACGCAUGGGGAAACGGGAUGCUGUCACAGAUGAAGAAUUGUGGACACUGAUUCCGGCCCCCGAUUUUCCCACCGGAGCAUUGCUCCUCCAAAGCAAUCAAGGAGCGCAGCAAUUUUACGAAAAGGGUCAAGGUGGUAUUGUCUUGAGAGCCGUCACGGCCGUGGAACAAAUUGUAUCCGCCAAGAAAACACAACGCACCGCUAUCAUCGUGACGGAAUUGCCCUAUCAGACCAACAAGGCGGCAUUGUUGGAAAAGAUUGCCAUGCUGUGCAAUGACAAGAAACUGGAAGGGAUUGCCGAUUUGCGAGAUGAAUCCGAUCGAGAAGGGAUUCGAAUUGUGAUUGAAUUGAAACGAGAUGCCGUCGCGGCGGUCGUACUCAAUAAUCUAUUCAAAAAGACGGCACUCCAAUCCACAUUUAGUGGCAAUUUUGUGGCACUGCUGGCCAAGAAUAUUAACAACAACAACAAAAACACGAGUGGCGGAAAUCGAAUGGAUGCCACGACCACGGCGUUGGUGCCGCAACGAUUGACGUUACGAAUUGCGUUGGAUUGUUUUUUGGAUUUUCGAUUUGAGACCAUUCGAAACAAGAGUCAAAUGGAAUUGGAUGCCGUCACGGCACGACAACACAUUGUGGAAGGCUUGUUAUUGGCAUUGGCGCAGUUGGAUGCCGUUAUUGAUACGAUUCGACAAGCACCCGACACGGCCACGGCCAAGACGAGUCUGCAGGACUUGUUGGAAGCGUCGGUAGAACAGGCAGAAGCCAUUUUGCGACUGCAAUUGGGACAACUCACGCGACUCAACAAGGACAAACUCGAGAACGAAUUAGAAGAUCUCAUCCAGCAAGCCAAGCGCUUGACGACCUUGCUGGAAAAGGAUACAGCCGUGUACAAACUCAUCCAAAAGGAAUCGCAACAAUUGGUCAAGAAAUUUGGGACGGAACGCAAGAGUCGCAUUGUCACGGAAGAUGAUGGAGCACUCAAUGAUAUUGAUCUCAUUCGCAAUUCGCGAUCUGUCAUUGUGGUGACGCGGGGUGGGUAUAUCAAGAGAAUGCCACUCAAAGUCUUUGAAAGUCAGAAUAGAGGGACUAGGGGAAAACGAGGAACAUCAGAUGGUGGCGAAUCAGAAGACAAUGCGAUAGCCCAUUGCUUCACUUGUAACGAUCACGAUACGCUACUCAUGGUGACGCAAAGUGGCAUUGCCUUUGGGCUCAGGGCAUAUCAGGUACCCACAGGUAGCCGCACGGCGAAGGGACAGCCGAUUCCUUCCGUGUUACCCAUUCGAAACAGCGAUGUCAUUACUGCCAUUCUACCCGUUUCUCAAUUCUCCCACAAUCGUUUCUUGGUCCUGGCGACGGAGAAGGGAUGGAUCAAAAAGACCCCACUCGCUGCAUUUGAGAAUCUGACUGGUCGUGGAUUGACCAUUGCAUCAUUGGACGAGGACGAUCGUCUCAACUGGUGCCAGUUAUGUCAAGAUGGAGACGAUAUAUUGAUAGGUUCGGCCAUGGGUUCUGCCAUUCGGUUUGAAAUUUCCAAGCUGAGACCGACCGGUAGGACCAGUCGCGGAGUGCGGUCUAUGAAGCUUCGAGAAGGAGAUGCGGUAGCGGACAUGAAUGUGCUGAGCGGAAGUGAAUCCAAGGCCAGAAAGGAAGAGUGCGUAUUGGCUAUCACGUCUAAUGGGUUUGGAAAGCGGGUGGCUACCAGUGAGUUUCGACCUCAGGGCCGCGGUGGACUGGGUGUCAUUGCAAUAAAAUUCAAAAGUGAGGAUGACCGGAUGAGCUGUUUACAUGUCGUCAAAGAUGACGAUGAAGUUCUGGUCGUUACGGCCAAAGGGAUCAUUGUGAGGCAAAAUGUAUCCGCGAUUUCUACGCAAGGUAGAUCAGCAACUGGGGUGCGUGUGCAACGAACCGACGAAGGCGACACGAUUUCCAGCGUCAGCAUUGUUCCCAAGUACGAAGAAACGGACAAUGCUUAG